AUGGCCGGUCCUCAAGAUGCUUCGUUAGAGGAGAUCCUCUGGCGGUCUCCCCCGCACGUCCAGAUGAUGGGAGGAUAUCUGCAUUCGAAUAACAUUCUGUUCUAUUUCGCAGAGUCACCCUUCUUCGAUGCCACCUCGAAUAACGCCUCCCUCGCUAUCCAGGCCAACUACAAUGAAGCCUUUCGCCAUUUCGUCGAGACCCGCGAAGCCUUUGAAGGGAGGUUGCGGACUAUGCAAGGCCUGGAGUUUGUCGUCGCUUACGAUCCGUUGCAGGCCGCUGCGCAGACAGAUACUCAGUUCGCUCACGAGCCCUCGAACGUAUGGGUGAUCCGCAAGCAGAUGCGGCGAAAGCGCGCUGGUCAGGAAGAUGAGGUGGUGGUCCUGGCGACAUUCUUUGUGGUGGGAGAUUGCAUCUACAUGGCCCCUUCGGUUGCAAGUGUCGUUGGUAACCGCAUUCUCUCUGCUGUCACAUCGCUAACCAGUCUUUUGAAAACCGCCGCGACGCUGCCAAUCUUCACCCCGGCCCAUGGGCAUACCUAUCUACCACCAGCUCCGAAACCCGCUGAUGCCGGUCAACCUGGCGUUCCGUCUCAGCAGAGCAAAGAGAACACGCCCAUGCCCGAUGCAGAGAAUCCCGCCAGAGUUCCGCUGGUGGGGUCGCAGACGGGGAACACUGCUUCUACAUUCCAGGAUACGAGGACACUCGCUGAAUCACUGAAUCUGUUUCUCAGAUAUGAGGACGAGUACAUGGAUGAGAAUCCGUUGGUCGGCGAGCCUGGAUCGUUCAUCAUGUCCAAGGCCAAUGACGUAGAUCGGACGGCGACAGCAAAACAGCCGCCAAAUACGAUCCCUACCAAGAUGGGGACUCCAUUGGUGAGAGUGGAUACACCAGGAAAGGGCCCGGAGAAGGUCGGCACUCCAUCUAGCUCUGAUGAGAGUAGAUUAAAGAAGAAAAAGGGCCAAGUUGGCGGUUGA